CAGCUUGUUUCUGGCAGUCCACGCUCUUGUGUAACCUCCGAGACAAUGAAAGAUCCAAGAAUGAAACUUACCUGAAGAAGAUGACAUCGAGCUGAGUCGAUAAGCUAUACUACUCAUAGCAGGAGUUGCUAGACCCUUCCUAUUCUCGUUACUUCUACCUCAACCUUAGCACCUGUUCAUUUGAUCAACAUGCGAGGCGUCCAAGUCUUCUCCGGCCGGUCUCAUCCUGUCCUCGUCGAGUCCAUCUGUGAGCGGCUGGGCUCUUCGCCAGCCAAAUGCGAGCUGGGCAACUUCGCAAACGGCGAAAUCAGCGUCCAGAUAGGUGUCUCCGUUAGAAACGAAGAUGUCUUCAUCGUGCAGAGUGGCAGCCCUCGCGUCAACGACAGUGUCAUGGAAAUGCUCAUCAUGAUCGCUGCAUGCAAAGGCGGCUCAGCCAAGUCCAUCACCGCUGUGAUGCCUUACUUCCCCUACUCGCGCCAAUCCAAGAAGAAGAGCCAUCGAGGGGCCGUCACUGCAAAGAUGCUGGCCAAUCUCAUGGUGGUAGCAGGCGUGGACCACAUCAUCACUGUGGACCUUCAUGCCUCGCAGAUGCAAGGGUUCUUUGGCAAGCCCGUCGACAACCUAUUCGCGGAACCGAUCAUUGCCCGGUGGAUCAAGGCCAACGUUCCCCGCUGGAGUGAUGCGGUCGUGGUGAGCAAGAAUGUGGGUGGCACCAAGCGAGUCACUUCGCUGGCCGACGCCCUCAAGCUCAGCUUCGCUCUUGUGUCCACCGACAAGGAUCGCUCGCGACAUUCACACCACCACAACAACCUAGCGGACAGCACUAUAUUUUUUGAUGCCAUCGAGCCACAGUCCAUCCGUUAUCGCAACCACCUUCUGGAUGGGGACGACACAGACGAUGCAGACAAUGAAUCCGAGAAGUCACGCCACCGUGGGUUUCCUCACCGUGCCAGGGGUCCUACCCUGAAUGGUGUCAGCCGCUCUGGCAUUGGCAGGCCCAAGGCAGUCACAAUUGCAGCGAGCCCCCUGGUCCAAGCGGCAAGGGUCGAAACGCCUUCCCCUCCUGCCUCGCCCGACCCGGCAGCCCGCCUCGAGCCAGUUCCCAGCGCACGUAGACCCUCUGAAUACGAAGCUAGUGAAGCACAGAACGAUCAGCGGGCGAGAGAUGUAGUCGUGGGUCGGCUGGUCCAAGGCCACCUGGUGGACGAAGAUCAUCCGUCGUCAGCAAUGUCAAGCAUGUCGGCUUCCCUUGCUAAUCUCGCGGGCGACCGGCCUGGGCAAGACGGGACAGAGAAUCCCACCAACGAUCCUAUGACUUCUUCUUUUGUAUCCAAUGCAUCGUCCUUUCAACCCGAACACGCGCUGGGUGGGACCUUCGACGCGGCCGCGACAUCAGACGAGGAAGAGGAGGGUAUUAAGAAUCCUGAUCUUGAACACACCAUCACCCUCGUAGGGAACGUCAAGGAUAAGACUGUUCUCCUGAUGGACGAUAUUAUUGAUCGGUCUGGGUCGUGGAUUGCAGCUGCGGAAACCUGUGUCAAGAUCGGCCAUGCCAGAAAAGUUUAUUGCAUCGCCAUCCACGGACUCUUUGGCGAAAACUCCUUGGAGGAGCUAGACGCGUGCGACUACAUUGACUAUAUCGUCGUGACAAAUACCUUUCCCGUGCCGCCUGAGCGGAUCCGCGCCUCGAAGAAGCUCAUAAUGAUCGACCUCUCAAAUCUGCUGGCAGAGGCCAUCCGACGCAAUCACCACGGAGAGGAUAUGUCGACUCUGUUCCAUUUGAAUGCAUGAGAAUGACCAGCUGUCUCAGCCCGAAUCCUUAGUCACAACCAAUCUUGUCCCAUCGCGCCUGUCGUUUGGUCGACCAAGCGUCAUGAAUCCUCGAAAUGCCUUGAGUCGAAGGGCGACAUGACCAAUCAGUUACAGCUUCAUGAUCUACAAGUGCUUCAAAGUACGUAAUGCAAACACUCGACGGUGCUACCCCUGUAACGCAGGAAACAAAGUUCUCUUGCCCAUGAGCUCACGGAUAUGCCGCAACGGCGCACAUCAGAAGCCCCAAAUCUUGUCGGCACCUUCCGGGCGUUGGCAACGCCAUGACGCUGUCAGAUCAUGGCUGGUAGGCAGGGCAUGUGCUGUUGUGUUACACCAAUUUUCGGAUUUUUUCAAGCCACUUUCGUUUCGAGCACGGCGUUGCGAACCACCCAGGAAAGGGACCAUGCUUCUUCCAUUUUCGGUUCCUCCAAUCAGUGCUGGCACUCGAGUAACACAAACCGGAAGUAGCUCGAACAUAUCCAAGAGAUUUCUUUCAACGACGAGGGAUCGACACGACAGAAUCCUCCGUAUCUGCCUCGCAUUCUCGGAGCGGCAGCACCUAAGGACGCAUGAUGACUUUGACCCGUCUUUUUGUUUUUCCUUUUGCCCGAUAAACAGGAGGUUGCUGUCGCGCGUUAUGUGGACGCAGAGACUUCCUACAUGACCACGAUUGGAGCUCAGUGUAUUACCAUGGAGCAUUAUUAGAGGCUACUAUUCUUUUUCAUUUCACUCGCUCGAACAGCCUGUGAUGUAGAGCUUGGAGGGUGGGCAGCUGAACCAGCCAGAAGCGGAAGCAAGAUCCAGACCAGACGCAUCUCUUCCACCCACUAAGGAUCAGGGCACGCGUUGCGUUGCAGCUGCGGGCCUUGUCUAAGGAGCAGCUAGCGCAGUCUUCGAGAGCGAGUCAUCAGCCGGGACCAAGUGAUUAGCAGGGGCACGGAUCCGGUUGGGGGGCAUUUGGGGGAGGAGUUGUGUGGGCGACUUCACUAAAGAUCUCUCGCCCAAAAAAAACUUGGAGGGGGGCGAAAGAGGCCCGCACACUGCAGCACCAGGGUUAGGAUCUGGCAAGC